AUGGAAGAUCAAGAACUCGUGAACGAGGUGGAGAAGAGAGUCAUCAUUGAAGAUGAUGUUGAAGAGACUAGAGCACACUUAAUCGCACUAGAAGACAAGCUGGACCAAGAGCUAGAGAAACUUCUAUUGGCAUCAUGUACCCUUCUUAAGAUAUAUCCACUUCUUGAUGACAAUUACAAGGGAAUCGAGAGAAGCAUGGGGCGCAUGGAUGUUCAAAACUUCUAUCAAGGUUGCUUGAGAAACAAGGAAACAGAGGAGGAAACUGAGGAGGAAACCAUGGCAAGAGCCAACCAACUACGCAAUCUCUGGAUUGAGAAGAUGAUCGCUGCACAUGAAGAAGAAGGUGUAGAUGUACCAUUUAAACCCUACAACGUGAAUGAUCUAGAGGCUGUAAAAGAUACAUUCGGAGAUGAUCUAUAUCGUACAAUCCGUAAAGCUUUCCGCGAGAUACGAGUGGCGGUCAAGACCGGGGUUGAAUACAAGCCAUGGAACAGUGGAGAGGGCAGAGAAACGACGCUAAAUGAACUCUUAGACGCGCUUCCGGAAGUAGCUCGACUGCGUCGUCGCCGUCGUUAA